AUGACGCACGCGUUCCAGCGUGCGAGGAGACGCUCCAGGAAUGCAGCUUCAAAAAGAGGCUUCGAGAGCCCUUCCAGAGACUUCGAGAGAGCUGCGGAGAGGCUUCCGGCUCAGUGUGAACGAGCGGCUGCAACAGUCAAGGUGGAGGGGGUGGCCUGCAGCAAAACGGCCUACUGGCAAGCCAGAGAGGAGCCCAGGAUGUCCAAGCGAUUCCGAAGACAGCCGGGCGGUGGUGCGCCGCAGGAGACCCACGAGGAGGUCGGGCACGGGCGCCGAGGGGGUGCCGAGAGCGCGGCCGGAGGCGGCGCGGAGCGGGAGCGAGCCCCGGAGGAGACCAGGAGCAGGGUGCCGGCGGCGGCGGGGCGCUGCGCCGAGGGGGAGACGGCGCCUCCCGGGGCCAGGGCGGCCAGGGCGAGGCAGGCGGCGGGGGCCGGCGAUUGCGGGGCCAGGCCGACCGCCGAUGCCGAGAUGAAGCGCCGGGCCAGGGACGCAAAGGAGAAGGAGAUCGAGCGCAAGUUUGCCAUCUUGAGGGAGUUCCGUAGGAACUGUGCACGGGAGCCCCAGCCCAAGGAGGAGUGCAAGGAGCAGAGCGCGGAGGAGGAGGCGGAGGCCGCAGGCGAGGCUGGGAAGGACGAGCGCGACGCCGCGGGCCCUCCCCGACCCGCCGCAGCCCGGGAGGACGCGCCAGAGGGCCACGAGGCCUGGGGCAAGACCACCUACGACCCGCGCAAGAAGGCCGUCAUCCUGUCGCUCGGGGCGCUGGGGCUGCGCAGAAAGGAUGUGUGGUUCCAGACGACGGUGGCCGCUUGCGGGGGCAGCAUGGAGGAGGCGUUCCGCGUCGCCCGGCUCUGCUACGUCAGAUUCGCAGGAGGCGCGAGCAAGGAGGAGGUGCUCGCGUACCGGCAGGCCCUGUAUGAUUCCCUGCAGGUCCCGAGCGGUCGGGCCUCCCCCGCGGGCGAAGCGCCGAGGUGCAGGCAGCAGAGCGCGACCGCGAGCGUGCCGCGGACCGAGGGCGGGCAGAGCAGCGAGCAGACGAAUGGCGCACGGGAUGGGGCGUGCGCGAAGGUGCUGAAGCGCCCGGCAGCAAACACGAAGACCGAGGCCGCCGAGCGCAAGGCCGCGGAUGAGGCCGAGGCUGAGCGUAAGGCUGAAAAGGAGGCUGAGCGAAAGGCCCAGGAAGACGCGAAGGCCGAGGCUAAACGCAAGGCUGAGGAGGAAGCUGAGCGCAAGGCCGCGGAGGCGGCCGAGGCCACGCGGCGGGCCAGAGAGGCCGAGGCCGAGCAGAAGGCCGCGGAGGAGGCCGAGGCCGCGCGGCGGGCCAGAGAGGCCGAGGCCGAGCGCAAGGCCGCAGAGGAGGCCGAGGCUGAGCGUAAGGCUGAAGAGGAGGCUGAGAAAAACGCCCAGGAAGACGCGAAGGCCGAGGCUAAACGCAAGGCUGAGGAGGAAGCUAAGCGCAAGGCCGCGGAGGAGGCCGAGGCCACGCGGCGGGCCAGAGACGCCGAGGCCGAGCAGAAGGCCGCGGAGGAGGCCGAGGCCGCGCGGCGGGCCAGAGAGGCCGAGGCCGAGCGCAAGGCCGCAGAGGAGGCCGAGGCUGAGCGUAAGGCUGAAGAGGAGGCUGAGCAAAAGGCCCAGGAAGACGCGAAGGCCGAGGCUAAACGCAAGGCUGAGGAGGAAGCUGAGCGCAAGGCCGCGAAGGAAGCCGGGGCCACGCGGCGGGCCAGAGAGGCCGAGAGGCCGAGGCCGAGCGCAAGGCCGCAGAGGAGGCCGAGGCCGAGCGUAAGGCUGAAGAGGAGGCUGAGCGAAAGGCCCAGGAAGACGCAAAGGCCGAGGCUAAACGCAAGGCUGAGGAGGAAGCUGAGCGCAAGGCCGCGGAGGCGGCCGAGGCCACGCGGCGGGCCAGAGAGGCCGAGGCCGAGCAGAAGGCCGCGGAGGAGGCCGAGGCCGCGCGGCGGGCCAGAGAGGCCGAGGCCGAGCGCAAGGCCGCAGAGGAGGCCGAGGCCGAGCGUAAGGCUGAAGAGGAGGCUGAGCGAAAGGCCCAGGAAGACGCAAAGGCCGAGGCUAAACGCAAGGCUGAGGAGGAAGCUGAGCGCAAGGCCGCGAAGGAAGCCGGGGCCACGCGGCGGGCCAGAGAGGCCGAGGCCGAGCAGAAGGCCGCGCAGGAGGCCGAGGCCGCGCGGCUUCCCAGAGCGGCCGAGGCCGAGCGCAAGGCUGCAGAGGAGGCACCGCGCAAGGCCGUGGACGAGGCCGAGGCCGCGCAGCGGGCCAGAGAGGCCGAGGCCGAGCGCAAGGCCGCAGAGGAGGCCGAGGCCGAGCGUAAGGCUGAAGAGGAGGCUGGGCGGAAGGCCCAGGAAAACGCGAAGUUCAAGGCUGAACGCAAGGCCGAGGAGGAAGCUGAGCGCAAGUCCGCGGAGCAAGCCGAGGCCACGUGGCAGGCCAGAGAGGCAGAGGCCGAGCAGAAGGCCGCGGAGGAGGCCGAGGCCGCGCGGCGGGCCAGAGAGGCCGAGGCCGAGCGCAAGUCUGAGGAGGAAGCGGAGCGCAAGGCCGCAGAGGAGGCCGAGGCCGCGCGGCAGGCCAUAG